CACUUAGUUGUCAUUUUGGGAGUGUCAGGUUUCUUUGGCCCCUUUGUCUAUCGCUAUUUCAACAGGCCGUCUUUGGACGAAGUAGUGUUUCCUCAAGGCCAUCAUAGACCGGAUUAUAAAUUCAUUGAACAGGAACUAAAUAAAUGGAGAUAGUCAAGAAAGCACGUUCCCGCUUCCGACAAUAUCCCAAUCUGCUUGUUGAGUGUCGUUUUGAGGGUAGUGCUUAUGCAGCGUGUGUUGCCCAAGAAGGACACAUGCAGAAAGGGAGUUGCCAAGCAGAGUUUGAGAAGUUCAAACAAUGCUUAGUUAAGACUGCAGCCAAACUAGGAACGCGGUUAUAAGUCUGAUUUGUACUAUUUUGUCAAACCAAUGUUGUGAAUUUGGCUGGCACAACAGUUAGUAUUUAUGUAGACUGUUAUUUCUUAGCAAUAAAUCAGUGUAAAAAGUUAA